AUGUCUUUCACCAAAAAUGGAGUGUAUACUGUCAGAAAUAUCGGCAAAGACCUCAUGCUCGAUCUGAAGGACGACAGCACCGUUGAAGGCAACUCGAUCCAAGGCUACACCAAAAAUGGCACCGAGGCUCAAAUGUGGAUGAUCAAGAAACAAACCGAGCCAAAGAACUCCGACAACACUUUCACCAUUCAGACCUACAACAAGGGCUACAAUGGCAAUGGAUUCUUCACCACUGUCAAGGAGGGUGUGAAUGAACCAGUCGUUUAUGACAGGUCCGCGUUUCUCGUCGAACUUGUUCAAGGCGUGAAUGAGACUUAUAGGAUUAGUUUCACUCUCGGGAACCCAGACCUGGUGCUAUCCCUUCCGGACGAUGACAACUUAGUGAAACUGGCGAAUUUCAACUCAGCGGAUGCCUACCAGCAGUGGGUACUCACCCCUGUCAACUAGGCACCGCCUUGCAGAGGCGUUCAAGGCUGAGCUAUCGAAAGUGUUACCGCAUAUAUGUACUGCGUCUUAUCAUGUCUGCUUCCGUCGUGUGUGUGUACGUUAUCGAUGAAUAGGAUUGUUUUGGUCUGGCUCUCUUAG